GAAACUUUAUUGAAUGAACGAUAUUCAGUGGCAUGUUCGUUGGCUGUCAUCAUCACAUCCAGCUGAUGCUUUGCUUUAAAUGACAAACCUUAACAACUUCACAGUAGUUAAAGUAGUUCUAACGACGGCAACGUUCCUCAGGAUCUGACAAGUGUUGAACAUUUGUCCAGCAUUCAUGUCCUCUCAGAUCUGAGCUCUGCGCAUGCGCAUCCCUUCACUGAAAGUCCACUGAGCCAAGGCAUCUCAUCCCAUGCUGAAAUGCUUCUGCGGACAUUGUGGUGCAGAGUGGGGGCGCGGAAGUCCAUAAAUAGUACAUAUCCUCUCCCAAGCCUCUCUGGCUUCACCAAGCAGCCCACCGCCGCUGAACCUACCCAAACAAGCAGCGUCCCGUCAAACAGACCAGCGUCUCCCUCCAGGCCCCGCUGCCUGGACGCUGGUCCAUGGGAUCUAAUACAAUACCAUUCCUCCCACCAGUUGAAAGGACUCAGCAGCGUCUUGUUAGGCGGACAUGGGAUGUACAAGGAAAACGUUUCACAAAUGCGACAUUAUUCCACAACCCUUGGGAAGGCGGUACUGAAAGUGGCAGUCGUACCGGGGAAAAGGAUUCCAAAGGGGCCCAGAACGAAGCAGCCUUCACGGACCAAUCAGCCCUUAAAGGUGGAGAACCAGAUGAUGCAGUGCAUUGCCUUUGCGACGGCCGACCAGUACCACUUGCCAACCCUGAGCCACGACCUCAUAAGCCACGGCUUCAGCGAGGUGGAUUUACCCAGAGAUGCCUCGAAUGCGCUCGUGAUUUGCACCGAAUUAGCGGCCAAGCCGGACGACGUCGCUCUGAUGUUCUUCUUCAGGGAGGGCUCCGUGGUGUUCUGGAACGUCGAGGAGAAGACGAUGAAGAAGGCGAUGAGGCUCCUGGAGCGGCAUGAGAUCCAGCCCUAUGAGGUGGCCCUGGUCCACUGGGAAAACGAGGAGAUCAACUAUUCCAUCGGAGAGGGAAAUUCCAAGCUACAGCGUGGGAACUUUAUGCUGAACAACGAGAUGGAACAGGACGAAGCUGUUUUGGAGAAGUUUGCCUUCUCCAAUGCCCUGUCUCUGUCAGUCAAGCUAGCAAUAUGGGAGGUGGCCUUGGACAACUUUGUAGAGUCAAUUCAGCCAAUCCCAGAGAUGCUGAAGUCAGGCAACAAAGUGAAGCUGUCCAGAGCAGACGUUAUGCAGAAGAUUGGGGAGCUGUUUGCUUUACGACACUGCAUCAACCUGAGCUCAGAUCUGCUCAUGACACCGGACUUCUACUGGGACCGAGAGAACCUGGAGCAGCUCUACGACAAGACCUGCAUGUUCCUCAGCAUCAACCGCAGGGUCAAGGUGGUGAACGAGAAGCUGCAGCACUGCACAGAGCUGACCGACCUGAUGAGGAACCACCUGAGUGAGAAGCACAGCCUCAGGCUGGAGUGGAUGAUAGUCAUUCUCAUCACUAUAGAGGUCAUGUUUGAGCUGGCGAGAGUCCUCUUUUAAACGGUUCAACUAAGGUCGCAACCAACGUUUGGUGAAAUGGCAUUUACAAAAGAAGACUUCUGAAUGAGAGAGAGCCACAGAGAGCCCGGAUCUCUAUGGAAACGAAUGAGUUAUAACCCUUCAAUGAAUGUGAAUGAGCCCCUUGCUGUUGUAUAAUAAAUUAUCUUUCCUUCUCAGGCAAUAAAUCCUAUUUAAACUCAAGCGUUUUGUUUUUGUUCUUUUCGGAUGUAACUUUUC